ACUGGAGUUUAGAUCGGGGAGAGGGAAGGGGACUGCUGGACGCGGCAAUAGCUAGUCUAUAAACACAAAUUUAAAAGCACAUUGUGUAGCAAGACACGGUGGUCACUGGGAAACCGCCAUCGGACAAGUUCCGGUCACCAUUGGGUGCCAGGAGAGUCUUGGUGGCGUUUCAGAAGUGUUCCUUCUUACAAAGCGGCGUGCCGAGGGAGGACGCGUCUCUUUGAAUAGACAGGAUGCACGGACCGCCUUCCAGCGACAGCGCAUGCCCAUUGCGCCUCAUCAAGAGAGUGCAAUUCGGCGUCCUCAGCCCUGAUGAACUUGUAGGUUUUGCUCUUGGGAGGGGGUAUUCUCUUAAUUUUCUGAGUAUUACUGUGUUACUCAAGUCCUCGUCGUGUUAAAAUCAUAUUAAAUAUGGAAAAUAACAGUGUCUUCCGUGAGCCUGUGUUUAGCUAACAUGGAUAGCCGGCUAGCAAAUGCUUCCUCUAGCAAGAGCAUGUGUUAGAAAGUUGAACAAACAUUACACACGAGUCCGACUUUAACAGUUACCAACAAAGCCUAGUUAUAACUCCUGUAAUUUAUAUUUUUAGUAGUAUUUAUUGUCCGUUCACUAUUUUUUUUGACAAUUUUUGGAGGCACAUGGCAGAGCCAAAGUUAGUCCAAGUUUCCACAUUGUUCCCAAUGUUUCCCUUAUUGGCAAUAAAAUGUAUUAACCUUUAUUUGCAUGUUUUCGUUUUAUUAAAGAAGUCAAAUUCAUUCAUUCCUGAAAUGUUUAGGAAGGAGAGUCUUACAAUAAACAUGAAUCAUGUUUCAUUUUUCUGUGUUGACCUGUGAAGCAUUUCUUUAGAGCAAUUAAAAAAACGGAUGUCAGUCACUGAAGGGGGAAUCAAGUAUCCCGAGACAACAGAGGGAGGACGCCCUAAACUGGGUGGUCUCAUGGACCCCCGGCAAGGGGUAAUUGAAAGAUCCGGCAAAUGCCAGACAUGUGCAGGUAACAUGGCAGAAUGCCCUGGUCAUUUUGGUCACAUUGAGCUGGCUAAGCCGGUCUUUCAUGUUGGCUUCAUCACAAAGAUCAUGAAGGUCCUCCGCUGUGUCUGUUUCUUCUGUUCUAAGCUGCUUGUGGACGCAAACAAUCCAAAAAUCAAAGACAUCUUGAUCAAGUCGAAGGGGCAACCGCGAAAGCGGCUGACCCACGUCUAUGACCUCUGUAAAGGCAAAAACAUCUGUGAGGGUGGAGAGGAGAUGGACAACAAGUUUGGAGUGGAGCAGCAGGAGACUGAAGAAGACAUCACCAAAGAGAAGGGACACGGAGGCUGUGGCAGGUACCAACCACGUAUCCGCCGCUCUGGCCUGGAGCUGUAUGCAGAGUGGAAGCACGUAAAUGAAGAUUCCCAAGAGAAGAAGAUUCUUCUCAGCCCUGAACGCGUGCAUGAGAUCUUCAAACGCAUUUCAGAUGAGGAGGACGUGAUCCUUGGCAUGGACCCCAAAUAUGCCCGUCCUGAGUGGAUGAUUGUAACUGUUUUGCCUGUGCCCCCACUUGCUGUGAGACCCGCUGUGGUCAUGCAAGGAUCUGCUAGAAAUCAGGAUGAUUUGACACACAAGUUGGCUGACAUUGUAAAGAUCAAUAACCAGCUCCGGCGAAAUGAGCAGAGUGGAGCCGCAGCUCACGUUAUAGCAGAGGAUGUCAAGCUGCUUCAGUUCCAUGUAGCCACCAUGGUGGACAAUGAACUGCCAGGCCUGCCAAGGGCAAUGCAAAAGUCUGGUCGUCCGCUAAAAUCCAUCAAGCAGAGGCUAAAGGGUAAGGAAGGACGUGUCAGAGGUAAUCUGAUGGGGAAGCGUGUAGACUUCUCUGCCCGAACUGUCAUCACACCUGACCCCAACCUGCAGAUCGACCAGGUUGGAGUUCCCCGUUCCAUUGCUGCAAACAUGACCUUUCCUGAGAUCGUCACACCCUUUAAUAUUGACAGACUCCAAGAACUUGUGAGGAGAGGUAACAGUCAGUACCCUGGAGCCAAAUAUAUCAUCCGUGACAAUGGCGACAGAAUUGACCUGCGAUUCCACCCUAAACCAAGUGACCUUCACCUUCAGAUUGGAUACAAAGUCGAACGACACAUGUGUGAUGGGGACAUUGUUGUGUUCAACAGACAGCCCACGCUGCACAAAAUGUCUAUGAUGGGCCAUAGAGUACGAAUCUUGCCUUGGUCUACAUUUAGACUCAACCUGAGUGUUACAACGCCGUACAAUGCUGACUUUGACGGUGAUGAGAUGAACCUGCACUUACCACAGUCUCUGGAGACGCGUGCUGAAAUCCAAGAGCUGGCAAUGGUGCCCCGUAUGAUUGUCACACCACAGUCCAACAGACCCGUCAUGGGCAUUGUGCAGGACACACUCACAGCUGUGCGCAAGUUCACCAAGAGAGAUGUCUUCUUAGAGAGGGGCGAGGUGAUGAACCUCCUGAUGUUUCUCUCAACAUGGGAUGGUAAAGUGCCCCAACCAGCUAUCUUGAAGCCUCGGCCUCUCUGGACAGGAAAACAGAUCUUCAGCUUGAUCAUUCCUGGACACAUUAAUGCCAUCCGCACACACAGCACCCACCCUGAUGAAGAGGACAGUGGUCCUUAUAAGCACAUCUCCCCUGGAGAUACCAAGGUAAUUGUGGAAAACGGUGAACUGAUCAUGGGGAUUCUGUGUAAGAAGUCUCUAGGAACUUCAGCGGGCUCUCUGGUCCAUAUCUCGUACCUUGAGAUGGGCCAUGACAUCACACGACUCUUCUAUUCCAACAUCCAGACUGUUGUCAACAACUGGCUGCUCAUUGAGGGUCACUCUAUUGGUAUUGGAGACUCCAUUGCUGAUAAGGCGACAUAUCAGGACAUUCAGAACACUAUUAAGAAAGCCAAACAGGAUGUGAUAGAGGUCAUUGAGAAAGCUCACAAUAAUGAGUUGGAGCCUACACCAGGUAACACUCUGAGACAGACCUUUGAGAACCAGGUCAACCGCAUUCUGAACGAUGCCCGUGACAAGACAGGAUCCUCUGCCCAGAAAUCACUGUCAGAGUAUAACAAUUUCAAAUCCAUGGUGGUGGCUGGUUCCAAAGGUUCAAAAAUUAACAUUUCACAGGUUAUUGCUGUGGUGGGGCAGCAAAACGUUGAGGGUAAGCGAAUCCCUUUUGGUUUCAAGCACCGCACUCUCCCUCACUUUAUUAAAGAUGACUAUGGUCCAGAGAGUAGAGGCUUUGUGGAAAACUCUUAUCUGGCCGGUCUGACACCAACGGAGUUCUUCUUUCAUGCCAUGGGAGGUAGAGAGGGUCUGAUUGAUACAGCUGUCAAAACUGCUGAGACAGGUUACAUUCAGCGUCGUCUGAUCAAGUCUAUGGAGUCAGUUAUGGUGAAGUAUGAUGCUACAGUCAGAAAUUCCAUUAACCAGGUUGUCCAGCUGAGGUACGGAGAGGAUGGGCUGGCAGCAGAAGCUGUUGAGUUUCAGAACAUGGCCACCCUUAAGCCCUCCAACAAAGCCUUUGAGAAGAAAUUCAAGUUUGACUACACCAACGAACGAGCUCUCCGUCGCACUCUACAGGAGGAUGUGGUGAAAGAUGUGAUGACUAAUGCUCAUGUCCAGAGCGCACUGGAGCGAGAGUUUGAGAAGAUGAGGGAUGACCGAGAGAUCCUGAGAGCCAUUUUCCCCACAGGAGACAGCAAGGUUGUACUGCCGUGCAAUCUCGCCAGAAUGAUUUGGAAUGCUCAGAAGAUUUUCCGCAUCAAUCCUCGGACGCCAACUGACCUCAAUCCAGCACGAGUAGUGGAAGGAGUUCAGGAGUUGAGUAAGAAGCUGGUAAUUGUAAAUGGAGAUGAUCAGUUAAGCAGGCAGGCCCAGGAAAACGCCACACUGCUCUUCAAUAUCCACCUGCGUUCAACCCUCUCCUCCAAGCGAAUGACUGAGGAGUUCCGUCUUAGCACAGAGGCUUUUGAUUGGCUGCUGGGAGAGAUCGAAACCAAAUUUAACCAGUCCAUUGCUCACCCUGGUGAGAUGGUAGGUGCUCUGGCUGCCCAGUCUCUGGGAGAGCCUGCCACUCAGAUGACCCUGAACACUUUCCACUAUGCCGGUGUGUCUGCCAAAAACGUCACUCUUGGUGUGCCUCGUCUCAAAGAGCUUAUCAACAUCUCCAAGCGACCCAAGACUCCCUCUCUGACAGUCUUUCUCCUCGGCCAGGCGGCCCGGGAUGCUGAGAGGGCCAAAGAUAUCCUCUGUCGGCUGGAGCACACAACCCUGCGCAAGGUCACUGCCAACACGGCCAUUUAUUACGACCCCAACCCGCAGAACACCGUGGUGACUGAGGAUCAGGAGUGGGUGAACGUGUACUACGAGAUGCCCGACUUUGAUGUGACCCGCAUUUCACCCUGGCUGCUGCGUAUUGAACUUGACCGCAAACACAUGACUGACCGUAAACUGACCAUGGAACAGAUUGCAGAAAAGAUCAAUGCUGGAUUUGGUGAUGACCUAAACUGCAUCUUCAAUGAUGACAAUGCUGAGAAACUGGUGCUGCGAAUUCGUAUCAUGAAUAGCGACGAGAAUAAGUUCCAAGAGGAUGAGGAGGUAGUGGAUAAGAUGGAUGAUGAUGUCUUCCUGCGCUGCAUUGAAUCCAACAUGCUAACAGACAUGACCCUGCAAGGCAUCGAGCAAAUCAGCAAGGUCUACAUGCAUCUUCCACAGACAGACAACAAGAAGAAAAUCAUCAUUACAGAAGAUGGAGAGUUUAAAGCCCUUCAGGAGUGGAUUCUGGAAACAGAUGGAGUCAGCCUCAUGAGGGUCCUCAGUGAAAAGGAUGUGGACCCUGUCAGGACCACCUCCAAUGACAUUGUGGAGAUUUUCACUGUUCUUGGUAUUGAGGCUGUGCGAAAGGCUCUGGAGAGAGAGUUGUACCAUGUCAUCUCUUUUGAUGGUUCUUAUGUCAACUACCGCCAUCUUGCCUUGCUGUGCGACACAAUGACCUGUAGGGGUCACUUGAUGGCCAUUACUCGUCACGGCAUCAACAGACAGGACACUGGACCACUCAUGAAGUGCUCCUUUGAAGAAACGGUGGACGUGUUGAUGGAAGCCUCAUCUCAUGGUGAAAGUGACCCAAUGAAAGGCGUUUCUGAGAACAUCAUGCUGGGACAGCUAGCUCCUGCAGGGACUGGCUGCUUUGACCUGUUGUUGGAUGCGGAGAAGUGCAAGUAUGGCAUGGAGAUUCCUACCAACAUCCCUGGCAUUAGUGUUGCAGGACCCACGGGUAUGUUCUUUGGCUCCGCCCCCAGCCCCAUGAGUGGUAUGUCUCCUGCAAUGACUCCCUGGAACACAGGAGCUACUCCUGCAUAUGGUGCUUGGUCUCCUAGUGUUGGAAGUGGAAUGACACCUGGUGCUGCAGGCUUCUCUCCCAGCGCUGCAUCUGAUGCUAGUGGCUUUUCGCCCGGCUACUCUCCUGCCUGGUCCCCUACUCCUGGUUCACCUGGCUCACCUGGGCCAGCCAGCCCUUAUAUCCCCUCACCAGGAGCCUUGUCUCCCAACUACUCUCCAACCUCUCCUGCCUAUGAGCCUCGUUCUCCUGGUGGCUACACCCCUCAGAGCCCUGGCUACUCUCCAACCUCACCAUCAUACUCUCCAACUUCGCCGUCUUACUCGCCCACCAGCCCAAACUACAGCCCUACAUCUCCGUCCUACUCGCCUACAUCACCCUCCUACUCUCCCACAUCUCCAUCCUAUUCUCCAACAUCCCCAAGCUACUCCCCAACCUCACCCUCUUACUCACCGACCUCACCGUCCUAUUCACCAACCUCACCGUCCUAUUCACCAACGUCACCCAGCUAUAGCCCAACGUCACCCAGCUACAGCCCAACCUCACCAAGCUAUAGCCCAACAUCCCCGUCUUAUUCUCCCACUUCUCCGUCUUAUUCCCCCACCUCCCCGUCCUACUCUCCAACCUCCCCCAGCUACUCUCCAACCUCCCCAAGCUACUCCCCAACAUCUCCAAGCUACAGCCCCACUUCACCCAACUACACACCCACCUCGCCCAGUUACUCCCCAACCUCUCCUUCUUACAGCCCUACCUCGCCGUCCUAUUCGCCCACCUCUCCAAAUUAUACCCCAACCAGCCCCAAUUAUUCCCCCACGUCUCCUUCAUACUCCCCCACCUCACCAUCCUACUCGCCAUCCAGUCCACGCUACACCCCACAGUCUCCCACCUACACCCCAAGUUCACCCUCCUACAGCCCAAGUUCUCCAUCAUACUCUCCUACCUCUCCAAAAUACACUCCCACCUCUCCCUCAUACAGUCCUAGUUCUCCAGAAUAUACCCCGACGUCACCUAAAUAUUCACCCACUUCCCCAAAGUACUCCCCCACCUCACCCAAAUACAGCCCCACCUCUCCAACCUACUCCCCAACUACACCCAAGUACAGCCCUACUUCCCCUACUUACUCUCCAACUUCUCCAACCUACACCCCAACCAGCCCCAAAUAUUCACCCACCUCCCCAACCUACUCUCCAACUUCUCCAAAAUACUCACCAACAUCUCCUACCUACUCUCCAACUAGCCCCAAGGGCUCAACCUACAGUCCCACUUCUCCUGGCUACAGCCCCACUUCUCCGACCUACAGCCCAGCCAUCAGCCCUGAUGACAGUGAUGAAGAAAAUAACUAAAGAUGAUUGGGCUGGGGUUUAUCCCACUUCCCUUAUUGGCACAAUGACCCUGGGAAAAAGACUGAAGGAAAACCACUCAGCUGGGGUUGCUGUGAUUUUACAGGGAAGGCUGCAGAUCCCACAUGUCAAAUCUUUAUUUUCCCUUUUGGACUUCUUAAAUAGCCUCACUAAAGAGGUUGAUUUUCAAUGGUUGCAUCUGUUGUCACAGGUUUGAACUAUAAGCCAAACAAGGCUGCCUUUGUAUAGACUGUUUUUGUUCUAAGUUGAAGGGGGAGAUUACUGAACCUUAACUUAAAACUGAUGGAAAGAUGCUGGAUAUUGACUGUUUUUGGAGGGAAAAUAUUAUUUGUUCUCCCCUUUCCAUUCAGUCAUUUCUAUCUCCCUUCUCUUAAGUUCAGUGUUGGAUGUAAAAGAAAUCUGUGAUCUUGAAGUUUUGCCAAAAACCUUCAAACAGAAAACAGUGGAUUGUAUCUAAAGUUUCAAAAUGAAACCUUAAAAUCUCUAUAGCUUAAAUAGAAAGGGGAAGCAGACCUUUCACAUUUUACAGAAUUUUUUCCCCUCUUAUGUAAAUAAGCGCUUGUUUGCCAGGUUUUUUUUUUUUUUUUUCUUUCACACACACAAGUGGAGGUCAGAAUGGAGAACCGUUUAAAUGUUAAUGUUGCUUUUCUGUCCAAUUUGACUUCACUCAUGAAAAAUGCUAUUUUUUAAAGAAACUGAUGUUUUCCAUGAAAGAUGCUGAUGUUUAUUAGAAAGUAGCAUUUUUUUUUUGAACAUGGAGUGAUUCACAUUUUUUCAGAUUAAAGUCUUGUAAUACUGUAGUCUGUAAUGUAUGCCAGCCCAUGUUAUGGGUAAAAGUGUUGUAGACAUUGCCCGCUUUUAUACUAAUAAUUGGUAGUAUGGAUGCUUGGUUUUAAAGUGUCAUCUUUCUAAUCAUCUGUGUUCCUCUGUCCCAAAAGAUGCAAUCCUUGUAUCCUUCACCAGCAUCUACCCAGUAAUUUACCAUUUCACAAACUGCAAAAACAAAACAUGAAAUGAGAACCAGCAAUCUUGUACCUCUGAGCACACAGAGGAAGUGUGUGUGAAUAUAUAUAUAUAUUUUUUUUAUCCUAAGAGUGGGCUUGGCAGGAGUAGGUGCACUGCUUUACACAAGCUGCACCAUUACAUUUUUUUUUUUUUUUUAAACCUACUAGGUUCAAAUCUUACCUGAGAUCUGAUAUCCGUCUUAGCACUCAAUCCUUUAAUCUCUAAUUAGCAAGUGUAAUUGUUUUUCUGAUAUAUGUAUCAUUUAUUCCCAGUUAUUUAAGUACAUUUGCUGUUAUCUUGUGUGAAUUACUAAAGAAAAACAUUUGUUUUACACCAUUUUCUAGUGCUGGCUUCAUAGUUGUCUGAGUCAGCCUGGCUCUUUGAAUUAAGUGCUUGGGAAAAAGGUGCAGUUUGACUUGUUUCCUUUUGAAUAUGCACUGUUUCAUAUCUAGCGUCAUUGUGCCCUUAGACCUUGUGGUCAUUUGUUAUCCUAAAUUUGUCUAAUCACGCAGUGGAUUCUAUACCUGUUAGAUAGGCAAAAGGUGCACAUUUCUAUUAUUUCGUCAUCUUUUGCUUGAACGAUAGAGGGCGACAGAGACUGACUUGACACUGCAUUUGGAUACAUUUGAGUUGUAUUUAAAUACGAAAAAGCAAAAGCUUGUUGUUCUGUCAAGCUGGUUUAGUGACAGUUUUUGUUGACCUGAAAAGAACUUCAGAUUUAAGGCCUAAUAGAUUGCAUUGGGGAGAGCAGUUUUGACAGUGUCUCUUCAAUGCCCUUGUUUGCCUUAAGUUUCAUGGAUAUUUCGAACUAGUUUUGUUAAUACUGUGUACCCAGGCUCCGUGUGUGUGUGUGUGUGUGUGUGUGUAGAGAGAGAGCGCGAGAGAAUGAGGGCAUAAAUGUUGAGUUUUUUUUUUUUUUUUGCGCCCGAUUAAAUUCUAGGUGGGCUUUCAGGAGAAAGAGAAUAUAAAUUAAGAGAAAUUGCCACUGUAAAGAAAUCAAUUUGAUUAUGUAUUUUUUUUUUAAAUUUUUUGUUUUUUGUUUUUUUGACUUGGAAAAAUAAAAAGUUUGAUUACA